GAAUUUCAAUCUAACAAUAAGUUUAAAUUAUCGUUGAAAAACUGCUCCUUACUUGUUUUUCUUAUUCCGAACGUUUACAGCUAUAAAUUUUGUUUUAUCAGCACUUAUUUUUAAUUUUUGCUUACCACCGAAUUACAUAUAGAUUCUUUAUCGUUAUUAAAAUAUAUUGUCUUUAUCAGGAUAAUCAAUUACAAAUUACCAUUUUCCCUCUCAGGUUUUUUAUUAUUUGCAAUCUAUAUUAAUGAUACAAUAUAUUAUAUUAAUAUAGAAAAAUUAAUUUUCGUUGGAAAUGUAUGCAAGUAACAUCCGUAUGGCUCUUAGGCCUUUCUUAUUUGUAUUUAAUACUUAAUAUUAUUACAGAGCCUUGAUAUAUUUCUUAGUGUAUAUAUUAUCUAUUAUUUUCUAUAGAAAGUAAAUAAUGGAUAUUACACAGCAUAUAGUAUUUUAUAUGUCAGUCUUCGAUCCAGAAGUAAAAUUUCUACUGUCAAAGUAUAAGUUCUGAGAAAUAUUAAUAGAUUUUAUUGGGGUGUUUUUACUAGAUUAUAUCCCGAUGCGUCAAGUUGCAUUGAUUAAAUUCUAUAAAAGAUGUAAGAGAAUACAGACAUGUAUAUAAUGUGGAAAUAAGAAUCGAAAUUAUUGAAAUUGUAAGGUAAAAAGUAAACGUUAAUAAUCAAAAUCGUCGACUUUUCAUGUUAAUAUCGUGCUUAUCGUGAUCGACAUGAAGAUUGAGCGUUUAAGUAUUUGUACAGAAUUUAUAUGAAAUAUCUCAUAAAUUAUUCAAUUUACAAUGACCUCAGCUCUCUUAUAUACAGGACAAUGAAAUGAGAUUUAUUUUUCAUAAAAAGAUUAUUAGUUUCAUCGAAAGAGAACCAAAGAGAAUGUAUUUUGUCGAGAAAAUUAAAUUAAAGCAAAAUAAAAUUGAUACAAAAUAUUUUCAGUUGCUAUUUUUUUUUAUUAAAAAAAUAUAAUUUAUAAUAGUUUCAGUUUCUAAAAUUACAUCAUUUAAUGUAAUCAUGAUGCAAUAUAGCAGCACAUAUAUGAUCCACUUAGGUUUAUAAUUAGAUGAAGAGAGGAAUCAAUAAUAAAAAGAUGCGACAUAAAUUUAAGAGACAACUCAAAUUAGAAAUACUGCGAAUUAUGCAUGAAUAACUUUCUUCUGCUUUUACAUAUUAGCAUUAAAAUUGUAAUUAUCGUGUGUACACACACACACGCACACACACGCACGCGCACACACACACACAAACACACACACACACACACACAUAUACGCCUGUAUGAGAGUUAUUGAAAAAUCUAUAUGACGUAAUGAAAUAUGUAUUCAAGUAAGGUAUAAAAUAUAAAACAGUUAAAAUUAGCGAAGAGUUGCAGAGAGCUUCUAGAAUUGCGCAGCAAUAAUUUGUGUGAAAAUGACUCAUUUUUCUUAGGUUUUUUUCGCCGAUAUAUAUAUUACAAUUCCAGUUAAAACAUUCGAGCUUAGAGAAAGUAUACAGAGAUAUAGAGGUAUAUAGAAUUUAGACAUUCCUAAACUCGUUUUAUAUAUCGCAAAUGUCUUGUUGUUAUGGUUCUUAUAUAUUCUUCCUUCGAUCGAUUGUAAAACGAGAUCAUAAAUUUCGUAUUAGCUUCUUGCGUUAAAUGCCUUCACACGUUCUUAUUCCUUGUGUAAUGCGCCAAAGGAAUAUCGCUGCAGCUGUCACUAUACUGACAGAUCCCACGAAAAUAUAAGUGCGCAUUAACAAUUUUAUUACGAAAGAGCAUCCAUCUAUUCUGCAAACUACUACACGCGAAUUGCGUCAGAAGGCGACUAUUUACUAUUUCUAUCUUUAUAUUCAACACCUUCCAACGAUAAACGACGAGAUACGAAAUACGAAGAAAACGGAGCAGAGGAAUUAUUUGAAGAAGAGAAGCAAAUAUAACAAUAAGUAAUAACUUACUUCCUCCUUCUGGAGAAGUUCAUCCGCUAUCAUCAUUUUGCGAUUUCGGCUUGUGUAAUAUUCUUUAUAUCCAAUAAUAUUCCGGUGGUAGCUAUUCCCUCGUUCCUUCAUGCUCAUCCAAGCGUCGUGCAUAAUACAUUUGCAAUGAAGCUGAUUACAAUGAUUCGUGGAUUCGUCGUAUAAACCUUGGAAGGUUCGAGCAACGUCGAUGUGGACAGUGAUUUUACUUGGUUUUAUUCUCAAGUGCCUAUUAAGGAAGUUACGUCGCAUAGAUUCGACGAGAAUCAACACGUGGCAGGUGCACACGCCUCCGUCAUUGGGACGUCGCUUUAUAGCGAAGAAAAUUAAGUUCCACGGAUAGAACCGGAAUCGAACGGGUGGAUAUAAUUAAAUAAGUAUACAUUUGUUGAAACAUUUCAAUUACGAAGAGAUCGAUUGAAAAAACCGUCGAGGGACAGUACACGCGCGACGUUUCUCACUAAUGUAAAAGUUUAGUGAGGCCACAAGAAAGCUGCGUUUUUGCUGAUUCUUCAGAACUUCACGCAUGUCGAAGCGGGGAUGAAUUUAUCUGCCAGAAGCAUGUGAAUGUAAAUGGCCGUGGAAGGAUUGUGUCAGUCCUCGAACUACUUACUAUGGGCAUCUGCCUUGACACUGAUCAGCAACAUGGAUCGCAGGUGUUCGAGGAAAGCGAUGCUCGAGCUACAGGAAGAUGGCGAGGAGAGGCUGGUCUUUUGGCGACUCCACCGGAUGGACAUUUCCCGAAGCAAAACGUUGGUCCAGUUAAAUUCGAAAUACCAAAAGUUCCCGUCAUAUUCGUACUUGGCGGUCCCGGUAGUGGUAAGGUGACAUAUUGCGACAAUUUGAUACAAGAGAAAAAGGGAAUAACGCAUAUCAACAUGAUGGAUCUUCUUCAACAAUAUGCACUAGGGAAUGAUAUGCAAGAUUUCGGACAACUCAGUAGCAAAACCGUCACGGAAGUUCUCAUGCUCGAGAUGAAAAUGUCUCCGGGAGCCAAAGUCUUUCUUGUAAGCGGAUAUCCGCGAAAUAUGCGCGACGUGGUGGAAUAUGCGGAAAAAAUAAAAAUCGUUAACGGCGUCAUUCUCGUGUCGUGGAGACAAGAAGUGUUGGAGAGACAAAUUGAUUUCGGUGCUCAACUCGGUCACGUUAUCAUAGGAUUGGCUAGAAUGGAGUUACAUAAUUUUUAUAGAAACGUCAUGCCGGUCGCGGAAUAUUUUGAUCAAAGCGGAAUGUUACUUGAGGUGAACGGAGAGCGUAAUCCUAGUGAAGUCUACGUCAGUUUUCGGGAUGCCGUUCUUAAAAUUCUCGGCAUGACAAGCGGCGAUAAUCGUGAUCAAGAUAUACCUCAAUCUCUAGAAGCCGAGGUCGAAGUGGAAAGGAGAAAAGAAUCGAUUACAAGUCCACCGCUACCGAAGCAACAAGUUCUAUCAGCUAUGACGACGCCGCCGCCGCCAUUGAAAACCGCUGAUAAACCGAGAAAAGGAUUGCCUGCGUUUAUCUGGGUUAUAGGUGGACCGGGAAGUAAUAAGGCAACUCUUUGCAACCAAGCCGUUCAGAAUAUGCCAGGCUGGGUGCACAUAAGUAUCGGAGAAUUGUUAAGAGCGAUGGCACCGUCGAAUAUGAUUGUGAACGACGCCAUCGUCUCAGGUGAAAUGGUACCGCAUGACAUUGUGAUGCAGCUUUUGGAGCAACAGAUCCUCCUUAAUCGAGACACAGACGGUAUAGUCAUGGACGGGUAUCCGAGGGACUUGAAUCAAGUGCAAGAAUUCGAAAGCAAGUUUGGACAAGAACCUCCUCUAGUACUACUCGAUUGCUCCAAGCUACAACUUGGGAGAGGAAGACUGGACGACAGUGUUUCGGCGUUUAGGAAAAGAUUGGAACUCUUUCGCGAGGUGUCCCUUCCUAUGCUGAAAACAUUGGACAGCGACAAUCGUUUGACAAUUGUGGAUGGAGAUACGGAUGUGCCUAGCGUGCAGCAAGAUUUUGCUGCUGCGUUGUAUCAGCUGAUGCGUUGGACGCGUCGUAAAGAAGAGGAAACUAAUCUUCGAGAUGCGGAUUUUUCAACAAUCGGAAGACACCCAAACGGAAUACACGCCGUGACCGAUCAAAGUGAACGUGCCACUAACAAUGUUAUCAAGCAGAUGGUCAACGGCGUGUCUAAUCAUAUUGGAAACGGAGUCGAUACGACGAAAAAGAUCAAUGGAAUGACUGCUCAAGGGGUAGGUGUCAUCAGUAAUGGCAUAUUGAACAAUAUGAAGCAUAUUCAACAAAACGGUCAUAUUUAUCAAAACGGCACUGUAAACGGAACGGUGCACAUGUUGCAGAAUGGCGCAGUGCAUCUAGCCAACGGCAUUGGCAAUAAUAAAGUUGCGCCAGCGGUGCACAAUUAUUUGCCAAAGGAUCCCAUCAAGAAAAUGUACAACGAAGUCGAAGGUUAUCAACAAAGCCUUCACAUAAAUAGCAAUAUGAGCGAAGCGAGUGAACCAAGUGAUAGCGAAACGUUCAACAAACAAGAUGACAAGGACACGGAUUUUAACGUGGAUGAUUUUAAAGAAAUGGAUAGUGAUGAUUCCUUUAUAGAAUUGCCAGAGAAUAAUAUACAAAUGAAUCAACAAGAUGGUCAGUAUGCAGGUCCGAUAAUUUCUGGACAUGAUUUUGAUAAGAAGCUGAUAUGUGUUAAAUAUCCAGGAAACGUAGUUAAUGUCGACAAAGCAAUUGAAACUUUAGGUGGCAUGAGCUCUAUUUCUAUGACUGUAGAUGCUCCUAAUAGAAGACUAGAAUUGCGAUUUAGACCUAAUGAUGGAUAUUGUAAACCUACCUGUGGAGACAGACAUAGUACAAUUGGUUUUUUACUCAGAGUUAGAGUAAAGAAAAAUAGGACAACACAAGCAGAGGUUACAAAAUCAAAAGAUACUACAAAUCUGAAAGCUACUGAAUCUUGCAUUGUUGGUGAUAAAGAUAAUCCUAAAACAUCCUAUUUGUCAGAGGAUGAGCAAAUUAAUAGUGCGUCCAAUGUCACAGAAGACAGCUGCGAAGAUGAUAUUAGUGCUACAGAUACCGCAGAGGAAAAAAGUACUGCAGAUAAUAUUAAAAAUUUAGAUGCUACAUGUAAAGAUAAAAGCUCGCCAAAGAAAAAAAGAAACGCAUUACCUACUUUUGAUGAUAAGAAAUAUGAAAAUUUCUUUCAAGAACCAGAUUACGAGUUGCCACGUUUAAAAAUACUAGGACGAGUCGAAACUGAAUUCAAAUUUACCAAUUUAUGUGAUUUUCAAUAUGUACCAAUGACGCAGAGCAAAUCAAAUCCCAAAAAAUUAGAAUGCAUAUAUAACUCAAUUUAUCCAACAGGCAUUCCAUCUCCAGAUUGGUUAAAACAGGAAGUGCCCUAUUUUCUGCCACCAGCCGCGUUCAGCAGAAUGGAUACUGUACAGCAAUACAUCCCAAAAACCGAGAUAAAUUCUAAUUCGGGAAAUAUAAUUGGUAAAAACAAGAAAGGUCAAGCAGGCUUUCCCAAUUAUAUAUACUUUUCUACAGUGGGGGUGCCCACCGCAGCACCAAAAGGCAUCGAAACAGCUAUGAAAGUGAAAUUCCUGCAGAACGCACACUUGGAACGAGUGCGACAACUUUUCGAGGAGCGUCCAAUCUGGUCCAAAAAUGCAAUUAUGUACAAGACUCAAUUUACGUCCGAACAGUUGAAAAUAUUAUUACCGUCAGUGGCAUAUUACUUUAUGACUGGACCGUGGAGAAUCAUGUGGGUGAAACUUGGUUACGAUCCAAGGAAGGAUAUUAAUGCGAGAAAGUAUCAGACGUUGGAUUAUAGAUUAAAGGCUAUGCAUGGAUUAGGUUUGACCGUCAGAUGCAAGAGAAAUUAUUCAAAUUAUACAUUACCAUACAAAUCUGCGCCAGUUUCCAAACAAAAACCCGCUGUACUCACUGCCUUGAAUCAAGAACAAAACCCGAAGAAAGAACGACAUUUGCAUGAAAAUGUAUAUAUAUACCGAGAAGGUAUGGUACCUCCUUCGCGGCAAAUGUUUUAUCAGUAUUGCGACGUUCUAAUAGGAGAAAUACAAGAAAUGUUGGCGAAGCUCCCCGAUCCUUUACCUGGUAUAAAAUGUCACGAGAAAAGAGGAUGGCUGCCAACUGGUUUCGACGUACAAUGUAGAGAAAUUUUAAACAAACAAGUGCGCGCGGUUUUGAGAAAGAACAUGAACAUUCCUGAGGAUCAUCCAACAUCGCUUCCACGGAAACGGAGACAUGGCAUUAAAUUAAAGACUAAUAAAACGAUUAAUAAAAGAAAGAAAAAAGGCAAAGCAAAUUCUAUGGAGACUCAAUCAGAUGUUACUCCUAAUUUGGAGUUUGAGAAUGUGAUUAAUGAAGAUUUGUAGUCUGAAUUUAAGUAAUUAAGUAGUUAUAAGUAUGCAAGAAAAAUCUGAUUAAAUAUUUCUGCUUGAAUUUUACCUCUUAAAAAAUGCAUCGAGAUGUAUAAUAUUUUAAAUUAAUUUAACAUUCGUUUACAAAGCAGAUAUAGUUUUACAGAUAAUUAUACUUUCAUAAAAGUAUAUUCAUCUGUAUAUAUACACAUAGACAUAUAU